AUGACUCUCCAUAUACGACUGGUGAACAAGACCAGCGAAUGGAAGGAGUCUUGCCCAUAUAACUCGCCCUUCCCAGGUAACGCUAGUGGACGCCUGUUUAGUACGCCCACAGUGCUGGACAGUGUGGGCGUCAGCGUGGGCACCACAAUGAGCGGAGCUGACCACAAGGUGGGUCUGGUGCGGGUACGGGCUGAAGAAGUGGGCAUCGUGGUGCUGGUGCUAGCUGUCUGGAUGUUCGCCAUCGUCUUAUUCUUCAACAGGUGGGGGAAGAUCCGGAUGUUGGAGCCUUACCAAGAACCCUACAAAGAAGCGGAACCUCAGCUCCUGCAGCACCGACCCUCCUGCCCCAUGGCCGACCCCUGCACCCUCCCUGGAAACCCCCUCAAGCCUGAGUACAUGGGGAUGCGUCGCCUUCGUCAAAACUCUGUCUUCGUGGGUCGAACUCGAUCUCACAGCCUCGAAGUCCACCCACCGAGGAGGGUGAAGAGCGCCUUGAAUCUGACCACGCUGGUGCUGCAGGAGGCUGAGGAGGAGGGUGCUAUGGCUACCACAUUCACCUAGCUGGCCGAGCCCACUCCAUUCACCUAGCUCGAGCCCAGCAGAGAUUAUCUUCACCUAGAAGGCAACAGAAGCAGCAGCUUCACUGUGGCCACCUACCUACAAGUGUUAAGUCUGUAUUCACCUGGCUGGCAGAAUCAUAGUCGCCAUCUUCACAUGGAUAUAUGCACUAUGAACUCCAUAUUCACCUAAAAGAGACGUCAUGGUCAGUAUCUUAAUCCCAUUGCACAAUUCCGUCACCUUUGCUUCACUCAUCGCCAUCACUCUCCCGACGAAAUUAAUAUUUAUACUGUGAUGUGCUAAAGCCGUACGGAUCAUUUAUCGCACAGAGCAGUGGAGGCUCGAUCCUGAGACAGACGCAAGAUGGUGAUAACAGUAACUGGAGAUGAUAAUGAGCAUAAAUACAGUGAUGGUGGUGAUGGUGGUGAUGGUAGUCCAGAUGUUGACUGUAUGGUAGUGGUGAUAAACAUGUUUGUGUUGAUGAUGGGUGAUCAUAUAUAUUGAUGGUAAUGGCGUCGUGUUGGUAACGAUGCGGCCACAUGAAGUUAAUACUGUUUGAUGAUUAUCCGGACAGUGAUCAAGGUGAUUUUAAUGAACAUAACGAUGACAAUGUCUAUUAAGUUGUACAAAAUGUCAUUGGUAACAUCUUCAGUAAAGCUAUGUAAACUAGGAUAAUAGAGGUGGUAAAGAUCCUGAUAAUACUGAUGAUAAUAGACAUGAUAAUGAUUACGGUGACAACAAUAAUGAAAAUUAUGAUUAAAAUGAAGAUGUUAACAAUUAUAACAAUGGUGUUAAUGACGAUACCAGUGACAAGACAAAUUGUGUUACACGGGUUUUAGAGAAGAAAGAAUUAAAAACAGUGAAAGAAAGCGAAUAAAGAAAUAACAGACAUUACAUAAUAUAUUUUCUUCUCACUCACCUACAAUACAUAUAAAUAUUAUGAAUGACAAUCUCUGAGAGUGUAUACAUACCUAAGUUACAAUUCUGAGUUAAUUUCUUUGUGUACUCACUGGAAGAGUGACGGUGAUGACUAAAGCCAUUGUGACGUGACCACAGUUGGUGGGGUAACUUGACAGGCUGAGUGACGGUUCCAACUAGGAAAUGGUGGAGUGAUCUCCAACAUAGUUCUCCUGGAAAUGGCAGAUUCUUUGUCAAGAAAAUUGUGAAGUACUGGUUAUCGGUGUGAGUGGAUGUUGUUGAUGAUGGUUACUGGUUAUGACAGACAAUAAAAGUAGGUGGUGUUGACGGUCUUAGUUUUAAGUUACGAGUGAUGAUUUGAGUUUAUAUAUA